AACUCAACAGUCAAAAUGGGUGACGCAGACAUCAAGGCCAGCCAGUGGAGACUCGUCGAGGUCGGCCGUGUCGUCCUCUUCAGCACCGGCAUCUACGCUCAGAAGCUCGCCGCUGUUGUCGAGAUCAUCGACCACAAGCGCGUACGUGAACUCCUCCGACCGACAUCUUGAAAGAACGAUCGAUAUCGAAAUACACACUUGCGCACAAAACACACCUCCGAACACCCAUACGCAUAUCCACAUCCGUCGCAACAGGCGCACAACUACGACAAGAAGAAUCAGCAAGAGCGUCAGGCUGACAGUGUAUGAAACAGGUCCUUGUUGAGGGUCCCUCCUCCGACUCCAAGGCUGCCGUCCCCCGCCACUCCGCCUCUCUCUCUGACCUCUCUUUGACUCCCAUCGUCAUUGAGAAGCUCCCCCGCGCCGCCGGUCACACCGCCCUCAAGGCUCUUUGGGAGAAGAACAGCGUCGACAGCAAGUGGAACAACAGCGCCUGGGCCAAGAACCGCGAACGCUCCGUCAAGCGCAAGCAGCUUACCGACUUUGAGCGCUUCAAGGUUAUGCGCCUGAGAAAGCAGGCCCGUUUCGAGGUCCGCAAGCAGUUCGCUGCUUCCCGCGCCCAGGCCACCAAGGCAUAGAUGGAUGACUUCGACGCAACAAAAGGGGACGGAUACCUGGGUUCAAUGGGAGUAGUGGGCUUUGGCUUUUCGCA